CACCAACAGCAGCACCACCAUAGCCACAGCCACAAGCAACAGGCAGGCCAAGCUGUGAGCCUGGCCAAAAGGACAACAGCAACUACAACAACAACAACAACAGCAACGCAUUUGCAGCUUUGGUAUAUGCUACAUGUGAUAUUAGUGCUAAUCGAUAUAACCAGCUCGCUGACAAUGACCGAGGUGAAGAUACCCAAUCACAUAAUGCGGCUGAAGAGCGCGCUGCUCGGCUGCCGCUAUUCCCUGGACGGCGAGUCGCUCUACUCGGUCAAAUGGUAUAAGGAUGGCCACGAGAUCUACCGCUAUGUGCCGCGCGACAAGCCACCUGGACAGGCGUUUCCGCUGCCUGGCGUCAACAUCGAUUUGCGCAACUCCUCGGAUACGCAGGUAAUGCUACGACGCGUAACGCUCCAAAGUUCUGGCGUCUAUCGCUGCGAGGUCUCCGGCGAGGCGCCCGCCUUCAACACCGUCUCCGAGUCGGAGACAAUGACCGUUGUGGUAACCCCGAAUCAUGGGCCAAAGAUAUCGGGAGGGCAGCCGCGCUACCAAAUCGGCGACAUUGUGCGCGUCAAUUGCACCUCGGCACCGUCGAAGCCCGUUUGCCACCUGAGCUGGCUAAUCAAUGGGGAGCCGGCGCAGAAGCAGCAUCUGAAGCAGUACGACAAGAUUGUGAUGAAUCGAGAUGGCCUGGAGAUGGCGCGCCUGGGCUUGGAGUUUCGAGUGCGUGCAUUUCACUUCAAGAAUGGCGAUAUGAAGCUUAAGUGCGUGGCCAAGAUCAGCUCGCUCUACUGGCAGAGCAACGAGGAGAGCGUCGAGAGCGAUCGCCAGCAGCGAGCACCGGCCCUCGAGUCACGCGAGACCGUGGCAGCCAAGUCGAGUACAAUUGGUGCCGCUGCCUCGAGACACCCCUCGCAUCUCAUCUCGCUGCUGCCAGCGGUGCUGCUGCUCUUCGGCGUCGUUGGAUCUUGGAGCUGGCCACCCGAGUGUGCAGGAAGUUAACUAGGCACAGUAGACACUCGCAUAGCUGGCCACUUCCAUCUUGCUUAAGUGCAACAACUUGAUAUCAUGCGCAAGCCAACAAAAGUCAAGUGGAAAAAAAUUAAAGAAAAAAAAAUAAGCAAAAAUUAAACAUAUCCUAUGCCAAAUUUCAUAGAAAAAAACUGCGUAAAUUGCGCUAAAUAUAAAAAAGAAAACUUUCAUUCAAUCAAUGUGU